AUGCAAUACCCGUGCACAGCAGGCUGUAAUGCUGUAUUUGAGAAGAAAGCCGCGCAAAUUAGCCACAGCAAGUCUUGCGGAAAACGAAGGGCGCUGAAAGAGGAUCAGGAGCAAUGGGCGCAACGUACAGCCAGUCUUCCAGAUGCAGCGCCGGCCCAUGCUGUCGUUGACCCACCGAAGAAUCCUUGGGAGAACCUGUCCCCUCGCCCGUCUCAGACUCGCAAGACAUCGACAUCCAGGCAACCCAAGCACAACUUGCGCGUUAAUGCUGAAGCAGGUUCUUCUCGUCGAGCGUCAUCCCCUCGCGGUGUCCGAGGGCAAACCCAACGAACAAUGGAUCCACCUUCCGAUAUCCGAAUUGAGCAUCACGCAAAGCGAAAGCGGCCACCUGAACACAUCACAAUCGACCAAUACAACCUACGCCGGCGACGUCCAGGUGCAAGCGCCGACAUACGUGUCCCCCUCCCAUCUCUGACAUCAAAGUCUCCAUACUUCCCCUUCCAAACGGAUGCCGACUAUCGAUUUGCCAAACUCAUCUUUCGCUCCGCAAUGCGCGACGAUGACGUGAAGGAACUGCUCUCCCUCAUCAACAAAUGUGUCGAUAAGAAGGAUACCCUCACGUUCGAUGGGAGCCAGGCAAUCCACGAUGCUUGGAAGGAUGCCUCAUGCCUUGUAACUCCCUUUGAAUGCAACACCAUUGAUGUCCCCUACAAGGAAGAACCUCAUAAGUACGAUGUUUGGGUGCGGUCUGUAUGGAAGUGGGCGCUUGAGCUGGUCGAGAACCCCAAAUUAGCACCAGAGUUUGUUUGGGAAAGUGCGAAAAUGUUCAAGAAGAACGAUGAUGCGAUGUGGGAACGCUUUGUCACGGAGCCAUGGACAGGGGAUGACUGGGCGAAGAUUGAGGACAACUUACCCGACGACGGAGUACCUCUCUGUCUGAUUGUCUAUGCCGAUAAGACGCAGCUCUCGUCGUUCGGGGGCAAGAAGGCGUACCCAGUGUAUGCCAAGAUUGCAAACCUCCCUGCUCAUAUAAGGAACGGGAAAGGUAUCGGUGGAGGAUGUGUGGUCGGAUGGCUUCCAAUUAUCCCAGAGAAGGACAAAAAGUCUAACCGAAGCACAGAAUGGGUAGAGUACAAGCGCGUGGAUGGGAUUUACUAUAAAUGUGGGGAUGGGGUUGUGCGAAGGCUCUUCCCGUGCAUUCUGAUGCUCUCGGCCGACUAUGAAGAGCAGGCGGUUAUGGCCGGUAUACGUGGAUCGAAGACUAAGCAAUGCCCGGUGUGUCUCGUCGACGAGGAUAACCUGGCAACAUUUUUCACCAACUGGGAAUAUCGAGACGCAGAGACCACUCAAAAGCUGGUUGAAGUCCUCGAAAGGCCUGAUGCACCAGAAAGGGUCAAAGGCACUGCACGCAAGAAGCUUCAGGAACUGAAUGUCCGACCGAUUAAGAAUGCCUUUGCAGAUAUCGCGAACUCGGACCCUCAUCGUGCCCUGUCGUUUGACCGACUGCAUAAUUACCCCGGCGGGCUGGCAAAAACCCAUCUUCUCCCGAUGCUCUAUGAAAUUUUUGAUCGUGGUCCUUAUUCAAUGCCGGAAGUACAGAAGCGAAUUAAUACAAGGGCGAGUGCAGUUCCACGAUGGCCUGGACUGACCCACUAUGACAACAUCACGACGAAAAAAGCGUUUCAAGACUCGAACAAGUGGGAAGAUUUGGCACGGCUAUUUCCAUUCAUUCUAUACGACGAUGUGAUUGAUAAAUCCGAUAAGCCAACCCUCCAGAUUCUGAGAUGCCUCCGUGUCUUCUUGAAUCUCAACACAUUCUCGUCAUUCGAAGUCCAUACUGAGUCAACGGUGAAAGAAAUUGAGAAGGAGCUUCAAGUAUUCUGCGAAGAGAUCAAGAAACUUGGCGAUCUCUUCGAAGGCAAGAGUUGGUUAUUUCCGAAGAUGCAUCUUCAGAUGCACCUUCCUCACGACAUCUAUGCGAAAGGCGCAACGCGGAACUACACGACCAAAACAUUUGAAACGAUGCAUCGUGCACUGAAGUUCUAUUACCAGUAUAUGACCAAUUUCAAAGACGCCGACAAACAGAUUCUUAACGCAGACCAACGUGGCCACGUUAUAGACUUUAUUGUCUCAAUUAUUGAUGUUCACCUGGAAGCACUGAAGGACACUGACGACUCCACCGAUGAAGAACUUCAGUAUCGCUUCAGCUUCGGAAAUAUUACCCUCAAGGCUCCUCAAGGACCCCGAAAGGCACGCCCACUGGACCAGUUCUACUUCGACUGCCAGGAAGAACUUGGUGGGCAUGCCCACUUCUUUGAAGGGGUUGAUCUUAGCCAAAUGUUGAGUGAGUUCUGUUCAUUGAAUGGGCUCGACAUUACCAUCCGUAACUCGACGCUGGUUCGGUCAUUCCGCUCAAUGGAAGUAGUCUACACGUCAAAGGAGUCAUGGGACAUUGAACGCGACCUGCUUCGGUGCUCUCCCUCUUUUCAUGGUCGCCCUCGCUACGACUCGGUUAUUCUCCAGACAACGACCGGCAACAUCUUUGCUCGCCUUCUCGCGCUAUUCACCCUUCAAGCCCCCGGAACGCCAGACACCGACGCUAUUCCAAUUGCAUUGGCCCUUCCAUAUACCGCACCAAUCCCGAAAAAUCUGAGUACGAAGGAUGCAGCUGCAGGGUUCUAUCGCGUUAGGAGGACUGUUCAAGCAGGUGCAGAGCUGUUCUUUGCCCGCUCCAUUAUCCGCGGUGCUGUUUUAAUUCCCGUGAAUGAGCAAGAAACCGAUUACCUAGUCUUUGAUGUCGCCGAUUCAGACAUGUUUCUCCGUGUUCGAGAGUUGCUUCGCAUGCUGAUCUAG